GUUUGAGGACCUCUAUGCUAAAAAUGUCUGAAAGUCUGGCGGGCAGUGCCGUUAACUACUGUAGUUCAGAGUGCCAGCGAGCCGAUUGGGCCAACCAUAGAAGCAACUGCAUGCCGGUCAGAGUAGAGAAUGUGGGCACUUCAGGAAGAGGGCUGGUGGCUACAAGGAAAAUUAAGAUGGGAGAGUUAAUAAUCAGAGAAACCGCAGCCAUUGCUCUCCCAGCAGGAAUUGGAAUAUGGGAAGCUGGGGAAAAAAUCUACAGACAAGUUGAAAAAUUACCUAAACAUCAGAGAGAAGAAUUCUACCGUUUAACUAGAAAACAAGGUCUACUAGAAGUAUCAGAGAAUCUACUGAAAGCUUCAGGAGAUGAUAUGAUAAGAACGGAUAUGGCCAAAAGUGUAGCAGAAAGAAUACAGGAGACAGCAAUAUUCUUUAAUAAUGAUAUCAAAACAGAAGAUGAAUGCAAGUGCUUGUUUCUCAAAUUGGCGCUAACCAACCAUAGCUGCUGCCCUAACAGCAGUUGGACAGGUUGUUGUAAGAACCCCCGUCAAUUAGAGCUCAGAUCUGCCAAGGAUAUAGAGGCUGGGGAGGAGGUUACUGUUAACUAUGUAAUUGUUGAGGCCAGGUUUCACGAGAAGAGUCUUCGGCAAGCAAGAUUAUUGGACGGUUGGGGAUUCCACUGUGUAUGCCCCCUGUGUGAGAUAUCAGGAGAAGAUGAGGAGAGAGAGGAGAAAGAAGAGAUUCAGGAGAAGGAAGAAAAAAUAAAAUCAGAAAUUAGAAAAAUUCAACAAGAAAUGAUUCAGGAAUGUGAUCGGAAUCCAGCACUUGUUUCUUGGAAAGCACUUGCAAGUUUACAGAAGGAUAUAGUGGACUUAGUUUCCCAACUUGAAUCCGCUCAACUACUCCUCUUCAGGGAGCUAAAUAGUUUAGUGAAUCUAUCUCAGCUAGCUAGGGACGAAGAACAACUAAACCAGAGUUUAGAGGAUUGGGGUCAGCUGUUGAAAAAACUCAAUGUAGAGAGAGCUUGGAAGGAUUAUAGGUCUUGUUUAGAAAAGCUUGAUUCUUACAAGAGUUCUCUACACCUGGGUAAUCCUCCAAGCGAUACUGAAAUUAGACAAUUUCUUUGGCUCAUGUGAUCUUUUAAACUUUUUCAAGCAGAGGUUUAACUAGGGUGUGUUAUAUUGGAGGGAGAUAGUAAAUUGUUUUUUUUGUGCAAGCUUUUGGCGAAAAGAGUUAAAUCUUAGAAUUUCGAAACGUGAAAGCAAAUCAUUUUAAAAUUUUAACCACUUAACUCAGAGGUUUAAACUCAAAUUGUUUAAUCCCUAAAUCUUGAUCUAACAGAAUUCAAGAUUUGAAAUAACAAGGUCUACGACAUGGGCUUGCAUAGAUCAGAGCUUGCAGAACAGAGUAAAAGAUACACUUUCUCAAUUUCUGUUGGAUUGCUAUCCAAAUAUACCUCUCCACCCACCCCUUUCCUCCUUGGUUAAGCCCUUGCUUUCAACGGACUGUCUGCGAGUUUUUAGGGUGCAAUCUCUUCCUUUUUUUGAAAUCAUAAUUUACAUUUACGUCAAAAGGUUUUGCAUUUUUUAUUAAAAAAUACCAUGUUUUUUCCUGGUCCAAAGAAAAAAAACUAAAAUGUUUAAGAGGAUUUAAAAACUUCCUGUAUACAUACAAUCAUUAGCUUCCUCGUUUUAUCAGACAUAAUCUUGGUUCUACUUAAAACUCGGGCACAAUCCCUUUUAUACUAUCAUAAAUAUUAAAUACUUGUAAAGAAAGAGAAUAUUUUUGUAAAUGCUUUGAGACAACAAACAAUGCAACUUUAUAUAAACUAAAUUAUUUUAGAAUGCAUUCCAUCAAUCCAUCCAAUACAGUAAAUAGUAAUUUUAGAAAACUGCAAAACGUUCUGAAUAGAGUGCGGCCCAUAAAAGUGUAGAAUGGGUAGACUGUUUGACCAAUGUUUAGAUUUAAGAAAUUGUUAUGAACAUGAAUCAGAGAAAUUGUGCAGUGUACACAGAACAUUUUAUUAAAUAAGUUAAUUGAUAUUGGUAUUAAACACAUGUAAGAUUGUCUAAUUGAUAUUGGUAUUAAACACAUGUAAGAUUGUCUAAUUGAUAUUGGUAUUAAACACAUGUAAGAUUGUCUAAUUGAUAUUGGUAUUAAACACAUGGAAGAUUGUCUAAUUCUCGCCGGUAUAUUUCACAGUUUUAUCGGUUUCACUGUAUGUUUCACUGUAUGUUUCACUGUAUGUUUCACUGUAUGUUUCACUGUAUUUUUCACUGUAUGCAAUUGUCUAAAAAAACUUUAAAAUGUAUAAAAGGCUCAACAUUUUUUGUCAUAUUGUGGGAUUUUUAAUUUUUUUUUAACAAAAAAUGUUAUUUUAAAACUCUCAUCAAUUGAAAUAACUUUGAAUAAUAUCUAAAUAUUUAUUGAAAGUUUUAAAAGAAAAUAUUUAGCUUUGAAUGAUCAUCUUACUAUUAGAGAGAAUGAAGUAAAUAUUUGAUAAUUUUUUCGAUUUCAAAAACCUUAAUGGGCGCUUAAGACAGAUUAAAUUUUAUA